AUCCAAACAUUUAAUGUUGAAGCACCAUGCCAGACUGUAGAAGAUUUAACCAGUGGAGUUGUGAUGGCUCAAGUACUUCAGAAGAUAGAUCCAACAUACUUUGAUGAAAACUGGUUAAACAGAAUCAAAACAGAAGUAGGAGACAAUUGGAGGCUGAAGGUGAGCAACCUGAAGAAAAUAUUAAAAGGAAUUUUGGAUUACAACCAUGAGAUUUUGGGGCAGCAAAUAAAUGAUUUUAUCCUUCCUGAUGUCAACUUAAUUGGAGAGCACUCAGAUGCUGCUGAGCUUGGAAGAAUGCUUCAGCUUAUUUUGGGCUGUGCUGUAAACUGCGAACAAAAACAAGAGUAUAUCCAGACCAUCAUGAUGAUGGAAGAGUCUGUUCAACAUGUUGUCAUGACAGCAAUUCAGGAGUUGAUGAGUAAAGAAUCUCCAGUCUCUGCUGGAAAUGAUGCUUACGUUGAUCUUGAUCGUCAGUUGAAGAAAACAACAGAAGAAUUAAAUGAAGCCUUAGCAACCAAAGAAGAAAUUGCUCAGAGAUGUCAUGAACUGGAUAUGCAGGUUGCUGCACUGCAAGAGGAGAAGAGUAGUUUGCUAGCAGAGAACCAAGUCCUGAUGGAACGCAUGAAUCAGUCUGAUUCCAUAGAAGAUCCAAACAGCCCAGCUGGACGUAGACAUCUGCAGCUACAGUCACAGUUAGAACAACUCCAAGAGGAAACUUUUAGAUUAGAAGCAGCAAAGGAUGAUUAUCGAAUUCGUUGUGAAGAACUAGAAAAGGAGAUUGUAGAAUUGCGGCAACAAAAUGAAGAAUUAACAAAUCUGGCUGAAGAAGCUCAGACUCUAAAAGAUGAGAUGGAUGUACUAAGACAUUCCUCUGACAAAGUGUCCAAGUUAGAAGGCCAGGUGGAUUCAUACAAAAAGAAACUGGAAGAUCUUGGGGAUCUACGGAGGCAAGUGAAACUCCUAGAAGAGAAGAACACAAUGUACAUGCAAAACACUGUAAGCUUAGAAGAAGAGUUGAGGAAAGCCAAUGCAGCCCGCAGUCAGCUGGAGACAUACAAAAGACAGGUAGUUGAACUCCAGAGUAGAUUGUCUGAAGAAUCCAAGAAAGCAGACAAAUUAGAAUUUGAGUACAAGAUGCUAAAAGAAAAAGUAGACAGUCUGCAAAAAGAGAAAGAUCGGUUGAGAACGGAAAGAGAUUCCCUAAAAGAAACUAUUGAAGAAAUUCGAUGUGUGCAAGCACAAGAGGGGCAGCUUACUACUUCAGGAUUGUUGCCAUUAGGAGGUCAGGAAUCAUCUGACAGUUUAGCAGCAGAAAUUGUUACCCCUGAAAUCAAGGAAAAACUUAUCCGUCUUCAACAUGAAAAUAAGAUGCUAAAGCUUAACCAAGAAGGAUCUGAUAAUGAGAAGAUUGCCUUGUUGCAGAGCCUUUUGGAUGAUGCCAAUCUUAGAAAGAAUGAACUAGAGACAGAAAAUAGGCUUGUAAAUCAGAGGCUUCUUGAAGUACAAUCUCAAGUUGAAGAAUUGCAGAAAUCAUUACAGGAGCAAGGUUCAAAAGCAGAAGAUGCUAUUUCAGUAAUUCUGAAAAAGAAACUUGAUGAACAUCUUGAAAAAUUACAUGAAGCUAAUAAUGAGCUCCAAAAGAAACGAGCCAUCAUUGAAGAUUUAGAGCCUCGAUACAAUAAUAGCUCACUCAGAAUAGAAGAACUACAAGAGGCUUUACAUAAAAAAGAAGAAGAAAUGAAGCAAAUGGAGGAACGAUACAAAAAAUACUUGGAAAAAGCUAAAAGUGUUAUCCGUACCUUAGAUCCCAAGCAGAACCAGGGGUCUGCACCUGAAAUUCAGGCACUGAAGAAUCAACUACAAGAACGUGAAAGGAUGUUCCAUUCUUUAGAGAAAGAAUAUGAAAAAACCAAGAGUCAAAGAGAAAUGGAGGAGAAAUACAUUGUCAGUGCCUGGUACAAUAUGGGGAUGACUCUUCAUAAAAAAGCAGCAGAGGACAGACUUGCUAGUACAGGUUCAGGACAGUCCUUCCUGGCUAGACAAAGGCAAGCCACCAGCACAAGGAGAGCAUAUCCUGGCCAUGUCCAGCCAGCUACAGCGAGGUAGAGGCAGACCUUGCCUUGCCUUUUGAAAGGAAGCCAUCCUGGGAUCAAGACCUUCUUCUGUUACAAGUUACAGCGUUUCAGGAAACUUAGCCAGCAUCCUUUCUCUAUCUCUGUCCUUACAGUUACCGUAACUUCUCAUUUCAGGAAGGGUUUUUUUUUUUUUUUACGUAAAGAAAAGUUUUUCAGUGUUUUAAAUUCCCUUCGGUCUUAUUUUUUGGAGUCUUCCUUUUGCCUUUUAAUGUGCCAAAAUGUUGGAAAACACCUAGUGAAGUGCAGAAAUGGAAUCCUCUCCUCCUCUGCUCCAUUUGUACAAAUUGUCAUCUUUCACCUGAAAUCUGAGGAUGGCUAGGUAGCAGACUUAAAAUAUCCUGUCAAUGAAUGUGGUUGCCAUUCUUUCCAAGGCUGCCAUUGUAUAAAGGGAAUUACUCUCCUUUUCUUUCUUACUCCUUCUGAACUGUUUAAAUUAUGUAAUGCAAUUUGCAACAGUGAUAAUUAUGAAAUGUAUUAAUUGCAAAGGUCUGGAUGCUAGCUGAGGUUGCACAUACCUGAUUCAGCGUGAUCACAAAUUUGCCUUGAAUUGUGGUUACUUUUUGUUUUAGCUUUAAUUUAGAGAGGCAGGCUUUUUUGUCUUCGUUUGCCCACCCCACCCCCCUCUCUCUUUAAUUUAAGCUUUUGCAGGUUUAAACCAUCUGAAGAUCUGUUUCCAUUCUUGGUAUGGUGUAUGAUGGAACGUGGCAACCAUUUUUUCAUGGCUAGUGUUUCUUUUCCCCCUCCUAUUGCACCCUAACCAAGUCAAGAACUAGGCAGCCAUCCUUUUCCUUGACCCAUAACCUUAACACACUCCUCCAACUGGUAGAGAAUCUUUGGAAAUGUGGCCAUAGAUAUUAUUCUACUCAGUAUAUUGCCACAUACUACAAAUGAGGAAAAGUAUAACAUGAGCAGCCAUGUAGAAAAUGGUUUUCUGUUUCCGUCCCCUGAGAUAUCAGGUUGAUGUUGGUCAAACAUUUUCAUGAGUGCUGUCUUUAGGUUACUGGCUACCACUGACAACUUUUUUUGAUUGGUCAGUAAGGAGGACUCUGUUAAUUGCCUUUCAGAUGAUAUCAGUGCCUCCAGGUGAACUGAUUCUGACAUGAGAACCUGCUGUCUCUUUGUGCCAAAUUUUUAUGCUUAUCUGUGCAGUUAGAGAUUUCUCUCGUGAAGGAAGGCUAGCAUUUCCCUUCAGGUUCCGGUCUUGUCAAGUAUUGAGCUCCAGAUACUGCACCAUUAAUGAAAUGUGGGAUUACUCAAGAUAUUUCCAUAUCUGGAUUCACUGUUAACAGUAACUGGGAGGUUUUGUUGACAAUUGUCGAUUUAUAAAUAUUUUUUGUAUGUCUAACUUUCCAGAAAACUGUUAUCCUUCCAAAUGUGAUCAUGUUGACUUUUAGAAAUUAUUCCAGAGCCUUUUAGGGGAAAGGGUAGAAGAGAUGCCUUUCACCUGGAAGUGCAUCUGGAAUAUGUUAUCAUUUUAGAUGUAAAAUGUUUAACUUCUCACAUUAAUUUUUGCAAGAAUGCACAUUACUACUAGUUAAUUUAAAAGGGGUAAUUUUGUCCUUACUCACCACUACGCUAGCAUAUAAAAAAGGCUUUUGAUUCCAGUCAUUUGAAAAGCAGUGAUUAAGUAAAAAUGUACAACUUUUGGCCCUUGUGUGU